UUUUUUCCAAAAUUUGUCGGAAAAUCAAACAGUUUAAUCGUUUUAAACAGAAGAAAAUUGGUGCAAAAACUUAUUUCGAACUUAUAAAAAGCUCUUCCGAUUGUCGUUUUAAUCAGAAGGAUCCGGCCGGAAAUCCAAACGAUGUCGGUGGUGAUCGAAACAACGAUCGGUGACGUUACGGUGGAUCUGUUCCUGACCGAGCGUCCUCGCGCUACCCUGAACUUCCUGAAGCUGUGCAAGCUGAAGUACUAUAACUUCAAUCUGUUCCACACUAUCCAGCAUGGGUUCAUCUCCCAGACCGGAGAUCCGGGUGGCUCCGGGGAUGGCGGGUCCUCCAUUUGGGGCGUAAUCGAAGGAAAACAUAAGAGGUACUUCGAAGGAGAAACCGUUCCGAAGAUUCGCCACACGGAACCGGGUCUGCUGUCGAUGGUGUGCGCCGGCGAAGGGCUUAUCGGUUCGCAGUUUUUCUUUACCCUGGGAGCGGAUCUAAGUUCCCUGGACGCCGGAGGUCAUGUUGUAAUCGGCGAAGUGGCCGAGGGACACGAAGUGUUGCGUAAACUUAACGAGGUUAUAUGUGACGAAAAGAAUCGCCCCUACAAAGAUGUCAGAAUUACCCAUACGGUGGUGUUGGACGAUCCAUUCGAGGAUCCUAGGGGUUUCCGUGAGCCAAGUCGGUCUCCUUCGCCCUCGGCUGAACGGCUGGCGGGUGGCAGGAUUGCGGCCGACGAGGACAUCGACGAUACGGAGGGGAAAACGAUGGAAGAAAUUGCCGAACAAUUGGCAGAGAAAGAAGCUAAGGCUCGGGCUACAAUAUUGGAAAUUGUCGGUGACAUUCCGGAUGCGGAUAUGGCCCCUCCGGAAAACGUUUUAUUCGUUUGUAAAUUGAAUCCUGUCACGACGGAUGAUGAUUUACAAAUCAUUUUCAGUCGGUUUGGAAAGAUUAAGGGAUGCGAGGUGAUCCGCGACAAAGUAUCCGGUGACUCACUUCAAUAUGCUUUUAUAGAAUUUGAAGACAAAAAGUCCUGCGAAGGCGCCUACUUCAAAAUGGAUAAUGUACUUAUUGACGAUCGUCGGAUUCAUGUUGAUUUCUCACAGUCAGUAUCGAAAAUGCGUUGGAGAGGUAAAGGUAAAGGAAUCGUGUACAUGGAUGGGGCUGAUGAAAAAGAACCAGUCAAAGAGAGCCGCUCAAAAGAUUCUCAGAAGGACCGGAAACGAGCUCCCAGUCGCUCAAAAGAUCGCAGAAGAUUAGAACCGUCAAAAAGUCGAUCGAGAUCGCCAAGCUAUCGGCGUCGCGAUCGAAGUCCCAGACAGAGACCAAGAGACGAUGGCAGAAGUCAAAGAAAAUCAUCUCCUAGAUCGAGUCAACAUCGAGAUUUACGGGUUAAACUGUCCGAAUCAAACACAGCACAUUUUGAAGACCGAAAUGGACGAGAGAUACGGGUCGUUGAAGGGAUGGUAGAUUAUAAAAAUCGUCCGUAUCCAUCCACAUAUAUCAAACGAAACAUAACACCAGCAGCAAGAGGAGGCAGACCUGGUGGAAACUCUGACUCCAGAAACCGAUCCCGUUCACCAGUUCGGGCUCGACCUCAUCAUCGUUCUAGGUCCCGAGAUAGACGUCGAGUGUCUCGAUCAAGAUCACGAAGCACAGGCCAUAGGAAACGAUCCGAUUCUCGAGAUCGUUACGAGCGACGUCGAGCCUCACCCGAAAAGAACCGCCCUAUACGUAGGUCUUCCUACAGUCGUUCCCCAGAAAGGAAAAGACGCCAUUCACGUUCCCUAGAAAGAAGUCACAGAGGGGUUCCCUCGAGACGCAGUCCAACUCCGCAAAAAACUCGACCGUUACAAUCCCACCAUCGUAAGGCAUCUCCAACUCCAGAGAGAAAGAAAGCCGAUAAGCACAAGAAAUCGAAAAAGAAGCACCAUUCAUCCUCUGAUUCGGAAUCGGAUUCCGAUUCCUCUGGCGACGACCGACGUUCCAAAAAGAAAAGUAAGAAGAAAUCCAGCGGCAAGAAAAAAUCUAGGAAAAGCAAAAAAUACUCCUCGGAUGACGGUAGUAGCAGUAGCAGCAGCAGUGAUUCCGAUUCAAGUGCCGAUGCCAGGCGGAAGAAAAAGAAGAACAAAACCAAAAGGCGUAAAUAAGGAACGUAGGAAACUUGUACUUAAGAUGAUUGUUGUUACGAAAGUAAUAGAUUGAAUACAGACUUGUUAUUUCGAUGUUUCCAGCACCCGUAUUGUAAUUAAAUAGUUUUGGUUUCUUCUUCACAAUUGAAGUAAGUACCUACCAGAUCAAAUAACUCA